GUCCGCGCGCGUACCAUGCCGCUCUGACCCGCGCCCGCCCGACCCGACCGCGACUCCGCCACAACUCUGUGCUCCCUCAGCGCCAAGUGACCAUUCUUACGUGAACGCACCAUGAAUUGAAGCUUUGGAAUUGCAGGCAAGGACGUCCCACGGGCUCGCGGCGUGCGCGGCGAUGCGCUGACGCCAUGCGCGCGCCGCCAUGCGCCCCCGCGCCCCCCGCGCCGCGCCCGCCUGCCCCCUGCUGCUGCUGGCGCUGCUGCUGGCCGGUGAGUGCUGCGCCGGCAACCCCGACGCCAAGCGGCUGUACGACGACCUGCUCAGCAACUACAACAAGCUGGUGCGGCCCGUGCUCAACGUGAGCGACGCGCUCGCCGUGCGCAUCAAGCUCAAGCUCAGCCAGCUCAUCGACGUGAACCUCAAAAAUCAAAUCAUGACAACCAACCUUUGGGUGGAGCAGAGCUGGUACGACUACAAGCUGUCGUGGGAACCGCGCGAGUACGGCGGCGUGGAGAUGCUGCACGUGCCCUCCGACCACAUCUGGCGGCCCGACAUCGUGCUCUACAACAAGUCAGUGCCGAUACCGGCCUCUUCUUAUCUGUACCCUGAUACAAAAGAUUGGCGACAGUCGCUGUUCUCUGUACUCUGUUCAAACCUAAUUUGUGGUUGCAGUGCCGACGGGAACUUCGAGGUGACGCUGGCGACCAAGGCCACGCUGAACUACACGGGCCGCGUGGAGUGGCGCCCGCCUGCCAUCUACAAGUCCUCCUGCGAGAUCGACGUCGAGUACUUCCCCUUCGACCAGCAGACCUGCGUCAUGAAGUUCGGCUCCUGGACCUACGACGGCUUCCAGGUGGACCUGCGGCACAUCGACGAGGCGCGCGGCACCAACGUGGUGGAGCUCGGCGUCGACCUCUCCGAGUUCUACACCUCCGUGGAGUGGGACAUCCUGGAGGUGCCGGCCGUGAGGAACGAGAAGUUCUACACGUGCUGCGACGAGCCGUACCUGGACAUCACGUUCAACAUCACGAUGCGGCGCAAGACGCUCUUCUACACCGUGAACCUGAUCAUCCCGUGCAUGGGCAUCUCGUUCCUGACGGUGCUGGUGUUCUACCUGCCGUCCGACAGCGGCGAGAAGGUGUCGCUCUCCAUCUCCAUCCUGCUCUCGCUGACCGUGUUCUUCCUGCUGCUGGCCGAGAUCAUCCCCCCCACCUCGCUCGUGGUGCCGCUGCUCGGCAAGUUCGUGCUCUUCACCAUGAUACUGGAUACUUUUAGCAUAUGCGUGACGGUGGUGGUGCUGAACGUGCACUUCCGGUCGCCGCAGACGCACACGAUGGCGCCGUGGGUGCGGCGCGUGUUCAUCCACGUGCUGCCGCGCCUCCUCGUCAUGCGCCGCCCGCACUACCGCCCCGACCCGCACCGCUCCCGCUUUGCCGGGCUGGCGACGGCGACGGAGGCGGUGCAGUGGGAGCACGAGGUGGGGUGGUGCGGGGGUGAGGCUGUGGGUGGCGCGGGGGCGGGGGCGGGGGUGCCGCCCGCGCCGCUGCCGCCGCCCGCCGCCGCCUGCCGCCUGCACGACGCGCCCGCGCUGUGCGACGCGCUGCGCCGCUGGCACCGCUGCCCCGAGCUGCACAAGGCCAUCGACGGCAUCAACUACAUCGCCGACCAGACGCGCAAAGACGAGGAGGCCACGAGGGUGAAGGAGGACUGGAAGUACGUGGCGAUGGUGCUGGACCGGCUGUUCCUGUGGAUCUUCACGCUGGCGGUGCUGGUGGGGUCGGCGGGCAUCAUCCUGCAGGCGCCGACGCUGUACGACGAGCGCGCGCCCAUCGACGUGCGCCUCUCCGAGAUCGCGUACGCCACCGCCAAGCCGCGCCCGCCGCCGCCGCCGCGGUAGGCGCCGCCGCCGAGCCGCGCCGCGCGGUGCGCGCACACCCGACACACGGAGACCGCGCUCUCUGCUGUCCCCAUCUCUUUGUACAUAAUAAAAUAUAUUAGUUUAUACGACGAAAUAACGUGAUCGAAAAUGAGUCGAAUUUCUUUUGAUAGAGACGAAAUAAAUCGAUUGUUU